GAUGGGUCACAAAUCACUAUAGGUGGAUUAUUUGGAAGCUUGCCUCUUAUGAGAGACAUUACCCAGCUACAACUGGAAAGUUUCUUACCACCACAAAUGUGCUAGAGGAACUGAAGUAUAGAUAUGAAACGGAAAUCAAUCAUGGCCACCGUUCUGCAAUUAAGAGAAUUCUUGAAGGAGAUGCCUCCCCCGCCGCAAUGCUUGUGCUGUGUGUUUCAGCUAUCCACGUCGAUGACAACCUUAAGACUCCAAGCUCAACCACACCAUAAAAUGGUACACUGAACAACAAUGCCAUGCGAUUGGAGCUAACUGAUGGCUGGUAAGAGAUGUGUUGACUUGACCAUAUGGUCCUUUUUCUGGACAGUUGAAAACUAAAGUUGUUCUGCAGGUACUCUGUAGAUGCGCUUUUGGAUGAUUUACUGUCAAAGCAUCUUAUGGAAAAGAAAAUGUACAUUGGCCAAAAAAUUCAAGUAAUGCAUCACAAGCUCAAGUUUGGUUUUUUAAUUUUUAUUCGUGAGAAAUUAUCAAUUGCAUGUUGAUCAUGGUUUAAAAUGGUCCUCUGAAGAUCUGGGGAGCAAGAUUAUGCGGCUGGGCUGCACCUGUUUCACCGCUUGAGGAAACAAGAAUGGCUACUUUAUUAUUACAUGCAAAUGGAACUUAUAGAGCUCAUUGGGCUGAUCGCCUGGGAUUUUGCAAGGGUGCUGGAGCUCCAUUGGCAUUCAGAUGUAUCAAGAGUAACGGAGGUCCAAUCCCUAUGACUUUAGUUGGAGUUACUCGAAUAUACCCUAUUCUCUACAGGGAGAGGUUAAGUAGUGGAGAUUCCAUUGUCAGAUCAGAGAGGAUGGAGAUGAAAAUCAGGCGGCUGUAUAAUCAGAGGCGUUCCUUGGUCAUUGAUGGUGCCGUUUCCGAAUUUCAAUGGAGUACCAAAGACUUUCAUCUUUCUAAUGACAGCGAUAGUGAGGAGGGAGCGAAAAUAUCAAAGUUACUUGAGAUGUCUGCUGAACCUGAAGUUCUAAUGGCCGAGAUGAGUCCUGAACAGUUGAAUUCUUUCGCUGCUUAUCGAUCGAAAUUGGAAUUGACUAGGCAAUCUGACAUGGGGAAAUCUAUUGAGAAAGCUCUGCAAGAUGCUGGUUUAACUGAGAGGGAAGUCACUGCAUUUAUGAGGGCGAGGGUGGUAGGGCUAAAAAGAAAAACUUACCAUGGAAAAUGUAGUCAUGAAGAGGGAUUUAUAACAAUCUGGAACAUCUUGUACAAUAUUGAGAAUGGGAAGUCAAGUUCGUCUAAGUACGUAAAGUGGAUGAAGAAUGAGUGA